AUGGCCCUAGCUGCGUUUUGCAACCUGUUGCCAAGUCAUCAAAAAAUGAGCGACGAGGAUAAGGCUCAAGUGAAUAGCAUGAAGCAAUUCGGAAUCCCUGUCUCGAAGAUAAUGGCUUACAUGGCAGGCCAAUCCGGUGGAUAUAGCAUGCUUCGGUUUACAAAAAAGGAUUUGUACAACUAUGUUCACAGUCAAUGGCGAGCACGAAUCUUGGAUGGGGAUGCGGCUGCAACUAUCAGUUACUUGGAGGGGAAGGCAAAUGCGGACCUUAUGUCAGUCGCCAGAUACACAACGACUGCAGAUAAUCGGUUGGGUAACUUAUUUUGGGUGGACAGUAUCAUGAAAUCCGAUUAUGAGUUGUUUGGUGAUGUCCUUGCAUUUGACGCGACGUACCGUGGGAACAAGUACAAGAAACCUCUGGUGGUGUUCUUUGGGACAAAUCAUCACAGAACACCGAACCUUGUUGUGACGGAUGGAGAUAAGGCAAUGCGCACUACCGUUACAGAGGUGAUGCCUUCAACCAAGCACAGACUAUAUGCAUGGCAUUUGGAGAAAAUUUGUGUCCAACGGGUAAAGGAAGCUGAAUUUCGGAAAGUAUUCAAAAAGGCUAUCUAUGAAAACUUUGAUGUUGACGAGUUCGAGAGAUAUUGGAGGACCUCAAUCGAGUCUCUCAGUCUAGGCCAAAAUACAUGUUUGGAUAGGGUCGUGAAAGAUUAUCAGAACAAUGAGGUUACUGCACAAUUUUACUCCACUUAUUACAUACCCGUGUUAAAUACUGGAUUAGAUGCAAUAGAGUUGUCUGCGUCGAAGCUGUAUACAAGAGCUGUUUUUAGGGAGGUUAAGAAGCAAAUCAAGGGUGUUGCAACGCUAUUGUUUUAG